AUGAAGAUCUCAGUAUUGCAACAUGACCUCAAGUCUCAUCUACCUCAGCGCAAGGGAGACGCUACACCUAUUACACGAAAUCUAGAUCCUUUAGCCCACCCAUUUUCACGAGCACGCGAGCGAACCAGAGCACUAAAUGCAGCAAAGAUCGAGCGGAUGUUCUCGAAGCCCUUUGUUGCUAGCCUCGAGGGACAUAUUGAUGGUGUAUAUACACUAGCAACCAAAGCUGGAGACUUGGAGACAAUCACCAGCGGGAGUGGGGAUGGAGAGAUCAUUGUGCAUGACUUGGUGACUCAUCGGCACCUGCUCAAGGUCCCUGGAGCGCACAAGGGAACAGUAUCAGCAAUCACCUACGCCAACGGACCAAGGUUACUUAGCUGUGGGGUCGAUCGAACUGUCAAGCUCUGGGAUGCUUCGCUUACAUCCGAUGAAGAGGAAACAAUUGCUCAUGCUCCUUUGAACGUAUUCCCUGGAAAAGUAGCCUUUAAUGCGAUCGACCAUCACAAAACGGACCAGCUCUUUGCAACGGCAUCAAAUAUCGUCCAAUUAUGGGAUGAGACCAAAUCCUCCCCAGUCUCCGAUCUUACCUUCCCGACCUCAAAUGAAACCGUUACGGCUCUCCGCUUUAACCUCUCUGAGUCCUCCAUCCUCGCUACGACUGGUACAGACAGAACCUUGACCUUGUACGACAUUCGAACUGGCAAGGCAGAGAGACGACUGGUCAUGCAGAUGCGCGCCAACGCCUUGGCCUGGUCUCCCACAUUUCCAACAACUCUCCUCCUUGCAUCCGAAGACCACAACCUCUACACCUUUGACGUACGAUCGCUCACCAACCCAACUCAAAUAUACAAGGGUCACGUUGCAGCCGUUAUGUCUUGUGGAUGGUCACCUACAGGACAAGAAUUCGUUAGUGGAGGAUGGGAUCGUACAGUUAGAAUAUGGAAAGAAGGCGAAGGAAGUAAACCUGUGGUGUAUACUGGGAAACGCAUGCAAAGGGUAUUUGCAACGGCCUAUACCCAGGACGCGCGAUUUAUACUAUCGGGAUCGGAUGAUGGGAAUGUGCGAUUAUGGAAAGCACGUGCAUCGGAGAAACUGGGUGUUGUGGAAGGCCGAGAGCGCGCAUCGAAAGAGUACAGGGAUCGAUUGCGAGAGAGGUGGAGCAUGGAUAAGGAGGUUGGGCGGAUCGAAAGGCAACAAAAUCUCCCCGUUGCAGUCAAGAAGGCUGGACAGCUCAAAAGGACUAUGCUCGAUGCCCGUGCGGUCAAAGAAGAGCGGAGGAGAAAGCAUACACGAGCUGGGGCGAGCAAACCGAAGGCUGAACGAAAAAAGGUUGUGGUGGCAGAACAAACGUGA